AUGGCUUCCACGGCUGCAGGCCCUGUCGCCCAGCCGGCCGUAGACCUCGAGAUGACCGACAGCAACCAAGAAACCACAUCCGCCGUCCCUACGAUCGCCAAUGGCGACAACGGUGCUGCAGCGUCAAGUAGCGGGGCACCCGAAUCCGAAGCUCAACCCGCCUCCAAAACCGCCGCUGAGAACGACGACGCCUCCCCCGCCGUCGCUGAAGAAGAACCCAAGCUCUCCAAGAAUCAACUCCGCAAACUGAAACGCAAACAAGCCUUCGAGGAGGGCCGCGAGGACCGUAAGCGCAAGCGCAAAGAAAAGCGCCACGACCGCCAGGCCGCCCGCCGCGACCAGAUCGCCGCCAUCGUCGCGGACGCCGAGGCCAAGGGGCUCGACCCCUCGCAGAUCGUCAUUCCCCCGAAGCGCAAGACCCCCAAGGUCCCCGCCGUCCAGACACCGGUCACCCUGAUCCUCGACUGCGACUUUGAGAGCUACAUGCUCGACAAGGAGCUCGUCAGCCUCGCGAGCCAGAUCACGCGCUGCUACUCCGACAACCGCCAGGCGCGCUACCGCGUGCACCUGUACGUCAGCUCGUACGGCGGCAAGCUCAAGGAGCGGUUCGACACGACCCUGGGCGGGCAGCACAACGGCUGGAAGGGGGUGAAGCUCGUCGAGAGCAACUUCGUGGAGGCGGCGAAGGAUGCGGAUGAGUUGAUGGCGGGUCAGAAGGGUGGGGAGGUGAUUGAGGUGCUCAAGGGCGAGGGCAAGGAGAAGCCUGCUGUUAUGAGGGAUGUGGACGACAAUGCGCCGACCCCCGACCACGAGCCGGAACCGGUGGACGAGUUGAAGAACAUCGUCUACCUCUCUGCCGACUCCCCGAACACGAUCGAUCGCCUUGAACCUGGUGUCAGCUACGUUAUCGGCGGACUAGUGGACCGUAACCGUGAGAAGGGCCUGUGCCACCGUCGCGCGAGGGAGUUGGGUAUCCGAACAGCAAAGCUGCCUAUUGGGGAGUACAUGAACAUCUCCAGCAGAAGGGUGCUUGCUACAAACCAUGUGGUGGAGAUCAUGCUCAAGUGGCUGGAGACGGGCGAUUGGGCUGAGGCGUUCUUGAGCGUCAUACCCAAGCGCAAGGAGGCGCAUCUCAAAGGCGAGGGAGGCAGCACGAGCGGGACACCGACGGCAGAGGUCGAGGACAGCAGGUUCGAGGAAGAAGAUGACGAAGACGUGGAUGAGCAGCAGACCAUCACAGAGAAUGUUGCUGUACCCGAGCCAGCAGAGGCAAAGGGCGAGGAGGCCAAGACGGCCGAGAUCCUGCACGCUCUUUUGCGCCCCGUCGCCCUCCUCCUCGCCCUUCCACGCAUCGAUCUCCGCCAACAAGCCCUGCACCGUUGGCACACUAAGGGGGUCGAAAUCCUCGAGGUUCUUCGUGUCGAUGGGUACACACACCCUGCCGGUGCCGGGGUGCACGACGAACGGCGACUUGAGCAAAUGGUUCAGCUUUUUGCUCACCUCGAUAUCGAGGCGUGGAUACGUGUACUCGAGGAGAAUGUCCUGCUUUGCGUCCAGAAGCCCCCUCGCGUCAAACUUCUUGCCAGCGCUCGUCUUAGCGACGGCGUCGAUGUCGGCCCACUUGUUGAUGGAAGACCGGCCGGGGGAGGCGUCCCAUUUCUUGCGGAGGUUGUCGAUGAGCGUCUUGUCCGGAAGGAGCUGUAG